UGUAUUCGUUAAAGUUUUAAGUAAACAAACCAGGUUGGAAUUAUUUUUCUACAUAAGAAUUUAAAGAAUUUCUGCAAAACUCUUAAUAUAAUUGAGAAACGGUUAUUACAGUUUGUCUGGAAAUGAGUUCUUCCAGACGUGUGGCAGUGGUCACUGGUGCCAAUAAAGGAAUAGGCUAUGCCAUUGUGAGAGGUCUCUGCAAACAGUUUGACGGGGAUGUCAUUUUAACAGCAAGAAAUGAGGGUAAUGGACAAGAAGCCAUUAAGAAGUUGAAUGGUGAAGGGUUAAAGCCGAUGUUCCAUCAGCUAGAUCUAGAUGAUGUUGGCAGUAUAGACAGAAUGAAGGCUUUCCUCCAGAAGACAUACACUGGACUAGAUAUACUGGUUAACAACGCAGGGAUAGCUUUUAAGAUGGCAGCGAAAGAACCGUUUGCACAACAGGCAGAGGUCACUGUAGCUACCAACUUCUGGGGAACAUUGAAUGUCUGUAAGGGACUUUUUCCACUUCUGAAACCACAUGCAAGGGUAGUGAAUGUGUCCAGUAUGUCUAGCAGUUCAGCAGCCAAAAAGUGCAGCCCUGAAAUGAGGUCCAAAUUUCUUGUGCCAGAUCUUGAUGUAGCAAAAGUAGAAGAACUGAUGACCAAAUUUGUUAAUUCAGCUAAAGAUGGUAGUUAUGAGAAGAAAGGUUGGUGUCAGUCGGCGUAUGGUUGCUCUAAAAUUGGUGUCACCCUUCUAAGUUUUGCUCAGCAGAAAGAGUUUAACAAAGAUUCACGAGCUGACAUUGUUGUAAAUGCUUGUUGUCCUGGAUAUGUGGAUACAGACAUGACCAGUCAUAAAGGAAAAAAGACUAUUGAUCAAGGAGCAGAUACUCCGUUAUACCUGGCACUUUUGCCUCCAAACACCACCAGUCCUAAAGGAAACUAUGUAUCAGACAGAAAGAUUAAAACCUGGCCAUGACAAAAUGGACACCUUUAGAACUUUUGUGUACUCUGGACAAAAAGAGUGCUAGUCUUUAUGCAACUUGCAUUUUAGCUCACCUGAUCUUUCUUCAGAGUGAGCUUUUAGUAAAGGCUGAUACUCGGCAUCCGGUGUACGGCGUUAUGCGUCAACCUUUUUUUACUUAAACAUCUUCUCCUCUGAAACUACUGGUCACAAUUACACCAAAGUAGCAAACUGGCAUGCUUUUCUAUCAAGUUUGUUCAAAGGGUUCACCUUUGCCCCUUUUAGGGGGCCGCCCGAGCUUAAAAAGAAAAACCUUAUAAAACCUUCUCAUGAACCACUAGAUGGAUCUUCAUCAAACUUGGUCUAAACAAAGAGCUAUAAAAAUAUUUAAAGUUGCAACAGUGUUCAAAACCAAAAAAGUAUACAGAAGUAUCAGGUUUGAUACUUAAAACAUAUCUUUGUAUAGAUACAUACUACUAAGGUAUAAACUGGACCAGGAUAGACUUUUUAUCAAAAUGUUGACUUGUAGAACAUUGUUACUUGAUGGCUUGAACAUGUAUGCAUUUUUAUCGCUGAACACUGAAACUUUAUUAUGAAACUUUUUUUAUUAUUGUUUUUAUGAUAUUUGAACAUUAUUAUCACAUUAAAGAUUUUAUUAUCAUU